GGCUGCCGGCGCCACGGCCUCGGGGACUCGGCUCCGAGGGCGCUCAAGGCUGAAGGCGCCGGACCCUCCCCCAGGGGUGGCACGCACACCCCCUCCAUGCCCCGAGGACGCCUGCCCGGGACUUGGGGCCUCCGGUGAAGAACCCCUCCUAGUCUCGGGAACGGAUAGCAGAUGCGCACGCUUAUUCCCUCCACCAGGAAAUCCCAAGCCCCGUGCGCUUGGGCACCCGGGAGUGGAACCGCACCCCCGCACGCCUUCACUGCGAAGUCUCUAAUUCUCGAACUGAAGACAGCACCCACCCAACUCCUCCCUCUCCGCUCCUCUUAGUUCACCCAAUAAGCACAACUCUUCCAAAGAAAAAAAUCCAGCAGAAGAGGACUCUUCUAGGGAAAAGUGACUGUCCUCGCAAAAGGAGCGACUGCUCCCGGAGAGAAAGGCAAGGCUCCCAGCCGCCGGCACCAGCUUCCCAAGACCGUGCGAAGAAAAAGGGUACGGCGCCCGGCAGGGACGGGGGCGCGGGCAUGAAGUUGGAGAUGUUCGGCCCCCGCGCGGCCCACGGGGACAAGCCGGGUAGUGACCUGGAGGGCGCAGGCGGCAGCGACGCGCCAUCUCCGCUGUCGGCAGCCGGCGACGACUCCCUGGGCUCGGACGGGGACUGUGCGGCCAACAGCCCGGCGGCGGGCGGCAACGCCAGGGAGCUGGCGGGCGGCGGCGAGCGGAGCGCGGGCGGCGGGCCAGGCGCCGGGGAGGAGGAGGGCCGGGCGGCGGCGGCGGCGGCGGCGGCGGCGGACGCGGAGGCGUGCGCGGCGGGGCCCGGCGCAGGGAGCGCGGGGGGCGGCGAGGGCGUGCGCAGCAAGCCGUACACGCGGCGGCCCAAGCCACCGUACUCGUACAUCGCGCUCAUCGCCAUGGCCAUCCGCGACUCGGCGGGCGGGCGCCUGACCCUGGCCGAGAUCAACGAGUACCUCAUGGGCAAGUUCCCCUUCUUCCGCGGGAGCUACACGGGCUGGCGCAACUCGGUGCGCCACAACCUCUCGCUCAACGACUGCUUCGUCAAGGUGUUGCGCGACCCAUCGCGGCCCUGGGGCAAGGACAACUACUGGAUGCUCAACCCCAACAGCGAGUACACGUUCGCCGACGGGGUCUUCCGCCGCCGCCGCAAGCGCCUCAGCCACCGGACGGCGGUCCCCGCAGCGGGGCUCCGGCCCGAGGAGGUCGCGGCCCGCCCGGCUGCCGUGCCCCCGCCGCCCGCGCCCGCCGCCCAGGCCUCGCCCCGCGCGCGCUCGCCUGCCCGCCCGGAGGGGCGCGCCAGCCCCGCGGGCAGAUUCUCCAGCUCUUUCGCCAUAGACAGCAUCCUCAGCAAGCCCUUCCGCAGCCGCCGCGACGGGGACGCGGCCGCCGGGGCGCGCAUGCCCUGGGGCGCCGCGCCCUGUUCGCCGCUGCCCGCGUACCCCGCGCUCCUCCGCGGCGCGCCCGGCGGGGCCCUGCUGCCGCUCUGCGCGUUCGGCGGAGCCGAGCCCGCGCUGCUGGGCGCCCGCCGCGCCGAGGCACCGCCCGUCGCGCCGCCGCCCGCACCGCACUUCCUCUUCGCGCCCCUCUCCGCCUCGGCCCCCGCCAAGCCGUUCCGAGGCCCCGCGGCCGGCGGUGGCGGCGCGCCCCUGUACUGCCCCCUGCGGCUGCCCGCGGCCCUGCAGGCGGCCUCGACCUGCGGCCCCGGCCGGCACCUGCCCUACCCAGUGGAGACGCUGCUGGCCUGAGCAGCCGCUCACCCUGGAGGGGGCGGGCGCCACUGGGGACGAGGCGGGGAGAGCAGGCUCGGGGGCUUUGCACUUUCUAUGUAAAGGAAAAGAGACUUUAACAGAAAAAUCUCCAUCAAACGUGCCUUAAAAGCUAAAGCAUUUUUGACAGAAAUGUUUUAACUUAGUUCAGAAUAUUUUCCGUCGUCUUUUAUAACUUUACAGAGGACCAAAGCAAUUCUUCAUAGUUGUCUUAGUUCCUUGACCAAGCCUGUCCCUGCCUCCCUUCACAAAGACUUUUCCUCUUGUCUUACUUCCAAGGCUCCCCCUUAUUCCUGCAGUUUUUGUCGCACCUUCUGAUUUGUCCCUAAAAAAAGAAAGAAAAGAAAAAAAGCACAUCAGGGAACCAUUCCAUAUGAUAAAUGAUAUGACUACUGUUUGGGGUUCACUGGGCCCCGCGCCGUGUAUGUAUGUGGCAUUUACAGGUAUGACUGAGUGUGAGAGAGGUGUCAGAGAAUCUUCUGUCAUUUCUCUGCUCUUGACCAAUGCUUCGCUGUGCCAAAAGGUAAAAAAAAAAUUGUUGGGUUUAGUAAUUAAAUUAUUUAUAUAUUUUUGAAACCUGAAUUGAAAAUGUUGCAGGCAACGGGUUCCGGCUUUAUUAGUGGUUCGGUGAUCUCGAACUGUCGUCUCCUUGGGCCAAGCCAUUUCUUUAAAGGAAAAGUUAACACUAUGUAUGUGGGGUGCCAGGACCACUGCCACGGGAAAGCAAGUGUGAUUUUUAUUUUUAAUAUUAUUUUAUUUGUGUCUCUGUACAUAUUCAUGUAUAAAUUUUAUGAAACCCAGGCAUAGUGCGUAUUUUUUAAUAAAACUCACA